GGGUCAGCGGUCGCAGUCAGCCUCUGCGCUGGGCCUGUGAGCUUCGCUUCCUCCACCUCCCCGCGGCAGCUCAGCCCUCAUGGGCCUUUACCUGAGCAGGUACCUGAGCGGGGACCUGGCCGAGCCCAAGGCCGCGCUGCCACUUCCUGCCCAGCAGUUCGAGCACCGGAGGCCCAGGCCCAAGGCCCCUGCUCUCCACACGACGCAGCCGGACUGGGACGACGCCGGGGCCCAGGCGGCCUUGGCUGCCCUGGCCAGGAGCCCUGCUCCCUGCAGGCUGCCCUCUGGGCUGCUCCUCAGGCAGGAGCUUUCCUACGCUCGCCUUAACUACAAGAAGCGCAGGCUGUGGGCAGACAGGGGCCCGGGGCUUCAGGACCUCGUGCGAGUCCGGGUCAACGCCUCUCUGCGCCCGGAGAGCCCGUACCAGUGCCCGCGGCCCGAAGCGCGCCCAGACCCCUGCAACAAGGAGACGGUCCUGCAGGCCCUAGCCCAGAGCACGAAAGGAAAGAGAAAGUUCGACGGGCCGCUCUGGUUCGAGGUCCUGGAGCCCAAGACAAGGAGGCCAGACCCAGAGCCCAGGCCAUCUGCCUUCCGGCCGGUAACCACAGAUGGAGUGACCCGGUGCUUCGUGCCCAGGCCCAGGAGACAUGCCAUCACCAGGUCACUUCCCUCCACUUCCGGUGACAGGUCUGCCCCUCCAGAACACUUCUGACUUAUCCUGUGGUGCCACGCUGAGGAGACUGCUGAUUUCAAGGCAUGACUUUAUUGCUACCUUUCUUAUGUGCUCUAAUAUACUUAUAUAAAUGUUUUUUUAAA